AUGAGUGUUAGAUGGCCAAGAGUUCUAACACCAAGUCUUCUUUCUCAAAUCCUAAAGAAGCAAAAGAAUCCAGUAACAGCACUUAAACUAUUUGAGGAAGCAAAAGAGAGGUUUCCGAGUUACGGUCACAAUGGUUCGGUAUAUGCCACCAUGAUUGGUAUUCUUGGUAAAUCCAAUCGUGUAUUUGAGAUGAAAUAUGUUAUAGAGAAAAUGAAGGAAGAUUCUUGUGAAUGUAAAGAUACGGUUUUCGCAUCUGCCAUACAUACAUUCUCUAGAGCUGGAAGGCUAGAUGAUGCCAUAUCUCUUUUCAAGAGCCUUCAUGAGUUCAACUGUGUGAAUUGGACUCUAUCGUUCGAUACUCUAUUACAGGAGAUGGUUAAAGAAUCGGAGCUCGAAGCUGCUUGUCACAUAUUCCGAAAGUAUUGUUAUGGGUGGGAGGUGAAUUCUCGAAUAACGGCUCUGAAUUUGCUUAUGAAGGUUCUUUGCCAAGUCAAUCGGUCUGAUCUGGCUUCUCAUGUAUUUCAAGAGAUGAAUUACCAGGGUUGUUAUCCCGAUAGAGAUAGUUACAGGAUUUUGAUGAAAGGGUUUUGUCUAGAGGGGAAACUUCAUGAAGCCACGCAUUUGUUGUAUUCGAUGUUCUGGAGGAUCUCACAGAAAGGUGCAGGUGAGGACAUUGUGGUUUACAGAAUUCUGUUGGAUGCGUUAUGUGAUGCAGGGGAGGUUGAUGAGGCUAUUGAAAUUCUUGGUAAAAUCUUAAGAAAAGGACUAAAGGCGCCGAAACGAUGUUACCAUCAUAUCGAAGCUGGUCACUGGGAGGGUCACAGUGAAGGUAUAGAGCGAGUGAAACGUUUGUUAACAGAGACUUUGAUUCGAGGCGCAAUUCCCAGUUUGGAUAGCUAUAGUGCCAUGGCUACUGAUCUUUUUGAGGAAGGUAAGCUUGUUGAAGGUGAAGAAGUGCUUCUUGCGAUGCGAAGAAAAGGCUUUGAGCCAACACCAUUUAUUUACAGUGCCAAAGUUAAAGCACUGUGUAAAGCCAGGAAGCUGGAAGAAGCGGUUUCUGUUAUCAAUACAGAGAUGAGGAAAGGUCAUUGCCUUCCAACAGUUGGACUGUAUAACAUUCUUAUAAAAGGCCUAUGUGAUGAAGGAAAAUCAAUGGAAGCUGUUGGAUAUCUUAAAAAGAUGUCUAAGCAAGUCUCUUGUGUAGCUAAUGAAGAAACAUAUGAAACGCUAGUGGAUGGUUUACGUCGAGAUGGUGAAUUUCUUGAAGCGAGCCAGGUCAUGGAGGAAAUGUUGAUAAAAUCAUUUUUUCCUGGUGUUGAGACUUACAAUGUGAUGAUAAAAGGUCUUUGUGGUAUGGACCGGCGAUACGAAGCUGUGAUGUGGUUGGAAGAAAUGGUUAGUCAGGAUAUGGUUCCGGAAUCUUCUGUGUGGAAAGCUUUGGCUGAAUCUGUCUGUUAUGGUGCCAUUGAAGUUGCUGAGAUACUUGAGCAUCUUGUAAGUAUCAAACGUUAA